UUCACCAUGGCCAUCUCUCAGUUUCGCCUUUUCAAGAUUUGCACAUGGCUUGCAACCUUCCUUUCAUUCUUCAGAAGGUUAAUAUGCAGAUCUGGGAGGUUGCGUAAGCUAAGUGGGGAUCAGAUAUCUCUUCCAACGACGGUUGAUUUUUCAUCAGUACCCAAACCGGCAGAAAUUGAAGAAUGGAGCUCGUGGGAUGAAGAUGGUCCCACAAGUAUCAAGAUUGAGGGCGGUAAUGGCAAUGUGCCACCACAGUCCGGCGAGGAAGUGGAACCAGACUACUUCAAAGACAUGGCUCCCACCAUCAGGAAAACACAGAAAAUUGUACUGAAGAAGAGGGAGCCACUCAACUACGUGGUACCCGAUGGCAGUGCGGGCUUCUCCAGCAGACUGGCAGCCACUCAGGACACCUCCUUCAUUCAGCCAUCUUCUGAGCUUGGAGACAUGGAUACCUGGCAUGAGGACGCCAACGCCUGGGAGGAUGAGUCGUCAGAUGCUGCCUGGGAGGCCGAUUUGGUGCUCAGACAACAGAAGAUGGCUGAGAGAGAAAAGCGUUCCAUGGAGCAGCAGAGGAAGAAGAUGGAGAAGGAGGUUCAAAGGAUGAUGAAGAAGGACCAGAAGAUUGCGGUCAAGCUCUCGUAACGUUUUUUAGAGCACUCACCCCGUGAGCCGGAGGGCAAGAAAAGGAACACUUAGACAAACGUCAUCACUCUAUCCUCUAGUCAUCUCCACACGAAGAUCAUCUCUACUCCACACAGCGGUCAUUUUAAAAAUCUCUGUCCACCAGCCAUCAUCAGAGACAUGGCUUGGCCAGUGUGAUGUUUGUUCAAAGACUGUUGCAUUUAGCUUCCGGAAAGGCACAGCAUACCUGGGAUGUGUUCAUUAGGGCACGCAACGGAAGUUUUUUUUAUCUAACAAGUUCAGGAAGUCACCCCCUGUAUCAGUUUAUUUUUUUGGCCGAAUGAACACUACCCUGAUUUACAGUUGAAGUCGGAAGUUUACAUACACCUUAGUCAAAUACAUUUAAACUCAGGCUUUCACAAUUCCUGACAUUUAAUCCUAGUAAAAAUUCCCUGUCUUAGGUCAGUUAGGAUCACGAC